AUGGAAUUAGAAGGGAACUACACCGAGCUAUAUGGGAAUAUAGGAAACUACACCGAGCUAUAUGGGAUUAUAGGAAACUACACCGAGCAAUAUGGGAAUAUAGGGAACUACACUGAGCUAUAUGGGAUUACAGGGACCUGCACCGAGCUAUAUGGGAUUAUAGGGAACUACACCGAGCUAUAUGGAAUUAUAGGGAACUACACUGAGCUAUAUGGGAUUAUAGGGAACUACACCAAACUAUAUGGGAUUAUAUGGUACUACACCAAGCUAUAUGGAAUUAUAGGGAACUACACCGGGCUAUAUGGGAUUAUAGGGAACUACACAGAGCUAUUUGGGAUUAUAGGAAGCUACACAAAACUAUAUGGGAUUAUAGGGAACUACACCCAGCUAUAUGGGAAUAUAGGAAACUACAUCGAGCUAUAUGGAAUUGUAGGGAAAUACAUCAAGCUAUAUGGGAUUAUAGGGAACUACACGAGCUAUAUGGAAUUAGAAGGAAACUACACAGAGCUAUAUAGGAAUAUAGGGAACUACACCGAGCUAUAUGGGAUUAUAGGGAACUACACCGAGCUAUAUGGGAUUAUAGGGAACUACACCGAGCUAUAUGGGAAUAUAGAGAACUACACAGAACUAUAUGGGAUUAUAGGGAACUACACCCGGCUAUAUGGGAAUAUAGGAAACUACACCGAGCUAUAUGGGAUUAUAUUGAACUACACCGAGCUAUAUGGGAUUAGAGGUAACUACACCGAGCUAUAUGGUAAUAUAGGGAACUACACAGAGCUAUAUGGGAAUAUAGGAAACUACACCGAGCUAUAUGGGAUUAUAGGGAACUACACCGAGCUAUAUGGGAUUAUAGGGAACUACACCGAGCUAUAUUGUAAUAUAGGGAACUACACAGAGCUAUAUGGGAUUAUAUGAAACUACACCCAUCUAUAUGGGAAUAUAGGAAACUACACCGAGCUAUAUGCGAUGAUAGGAAGCUACACAGAGCUAUAUGGGAUUAUAGGGAACUACACCCAGCUAUAUGGGAUUAUAUGAAACUACACCCAGCUAUAUGGGAUUAUAGGGAACUACACCGAGCUAUAAGAGAUUAUAGGGGACUACACCGAGCUGUAUGUGAUUAUAGGGAACUACACCGAGCUAUAUGGAAUUAUAGGGAACUACAGUGAGCUGUAUGGGAUUAUAGGUAACUACACCAAACUAUAUGGGAUUAUAUGGUACUACACCGAGCUUUAUGGAAUUAUAGUGAACUACACCGAGCUAUAUGGGAUUAUAGGGAACUACACCAAGCUAUAUGCGAUGAUAGGAAGCUACACAGAGCUAUCUGGGAUUAUAGGGAACUACACCCAGCUAUAUGGGAAUAUAGGAAACUACACCGAGCUAUAUGGGAUUAUAUUGAACUACACCAAACUAUAUGGGAUUAGAGGUAACUACACCGAGCUAUAUGGUAAUAUAGGGAACUACACAGAGCUAUAUGGGAAUAUAGGAAACUACACCGAGCUAUAUGGGAUUAUAGGGAACUACACCGAGCUAUAUGGGAUUAUAGGGAACUACACCGAGCUAUAUGGUAAUAUAGGGAACUACACAGAGCUAUAUGGGAUUAUAUGA